AUGGAAAGCUUGUCUUGUUUCGAAUUCAGUUCUGCUCGUCUGGAAAAAAAUUUGAUUCGGCUCGAAGCUCGCAAAAAACAAACCGGCUUGAGCUCGAAGCUCGGCUCGUCAAACGAACCGAGCUCAAAGCGUGAUAUACAGCCGUUAAAGUCUUUGUGUACCGCUGAACAAAAUGCAGCCGGACACAAGUCUUUGUCGAAUGCCUGCGGAGCUUACACUGGCCCCUUACUGCCUAUCGGAGAGACCAGCUCUGACAAACUCGAAAAUGAGAACGCUUGGUCUCAAAAUGGAACCCUCCUAGGGUUUAAGCAAGAGCCCUUCUACGGGGCUCAUGGGAAUUUAAACGGCAACGUUGGCCUCCCCGUCGACGCUGCUAGCUGCACAUUGGCCCAACUCAUUGAAGACGAGCAGGACAACGGUCUGUGGCCUUUGGAGCAUCCUCUUCCUCUUCCAGGAUGGGAGGAGGAGUAUAUCGCUCCCUACAGACUCAACAACAUCAGGGAAUACGAAACGUUGGCCUGUGAAAUUGAGAUGCAUCUGCGCAAAGUGCUGGAAGAACACAAUUACGAUACUGUUGGCAAUUUUUUGAAACUUUACGAAAGUUACAAGAAGAGCGGCAACGAUAACCUACUUGAGUUUUUCCAUUUGUAUUCUCCACCAAUAACAUCUGAACAUCAUACCUGCGUCGGACUGGCUUUUGAACUAUGGAAUCGUCUCAGACUCAACCUGGAUAGCAAGUAUCCAGGUAUAGGCAACCACAUUUGUGUUGUUUCCUGCGAGGAAGAAAUAGACAGCCCUAUUGUAUACACCAAUGCUUUUAGAUAUGAUCCCACUUCUUUGCCGUACAGAUUGGAAAAGGAACACGUCAUGAUGUGCUUAAAAGUUGAAUUUUCCGGAAGAACUGCAGUGAUGCUAUGUGAUCCCGGUUAUCAUGUUGCUAGAGUGGUUACCGUCAUGUCAGAUGGAGCGUAUCCACAUACAGGUUGGUUUAUACAGUCAGAGGAAGGCAACACCCGCAAAGACUACAACUACCAAUUAACACCAAACAACAAGCACUUCGUGGAAUGGAACGAAAGAACAACUAGAAACGGGAAAGUAGAUACAUUUGCAGGCAUCAUUUACGUCGGUAGACCUUACUUGACAGCCGUAGAUGUUACGGAAAGAAGAAAUUUGGUCUACGGAUUCAAAAGCUUACUGUCUAGAGACCAGAAGGGUGAUUUGAUCGCAGGUAUAUACUUCAAGUUGUUGCAGAAUGGAGACGAGUUUACCAUCUUCUAUCAAAACAUGGGCAAGCAGCGAAUAAAACUAAGGUUCUCCGAUUUUAUGAAACCGGAGAUUGACAAAGGAUUACUGGAGAAAAUCUCAAUAUGUAACGAACAGCUGAAUUUACCAGAGAACAAGUUACUGAACAUCAUCCGGACAUCUGGCACAAUAUUGAGAGAUACAUCGUUCCUGUUACAGUUACUGGACGUGGACCGUUGUAUUAGUAUUUUGUCGGCUAACAACUAAACUCCAUAUUAUCUAACAUUUCUUUUACCUUCAGCCUUCGCUUUUAUUUCUCCCAAUUCUUAUUUAACUUAGUUUUAGUCAUGCGUUUAUUAAACAAAUACAUAUUUUAUUAUGAAACGCACAGAAACAUAAAUAUUUUAAUCUUUUAAACAGUUAUUGAGUAAAUUUAGUUUUGUAGUUUUAGCUCUUGUUUGAAAUUGACAUUUAUAUAUUUUACUUUAUGUUUCUGGGCACUUCAUACAAAUUAAAUAUGCCGAAAUCGUGUACCUAUAUUAUGGAACCUCGCUAUAUUUAAUCAAUAUUUAUCAUGUUUUGUUGCAAUCUUUGUAAAUUUUUUGCCCACUUAUUUUUGCACACUUCUCGGACAACACGCUUACUAAACUUUAAAAAAUCGGCUUUACUCAGUGAGUUGUCUCAGGAAUUUAUAUGCUCCUCUGUCACCCUGAUUGAAAACUUCCCCCAUUUUUUAGUAUUUGGUCGUUUUCAUAUCUCCUCUUCUUUCUUCUACAUAUUGUCUGCCUUUCUUCGUUCUUCUUCAGAUUUUUCGCGCAUUUCUCGUGUUUCUCUUUGAAUAUACUGCACGUAUAAGUGCUUCAUUUCUUUUGUCUAUUGUUUGUUUAUAUUCUUCAUCAAACUAAAGCUCUUUUCUUUGAUGUGUUUUAAUUCCUAUCACUCUUUUUUUUCGUUUCCCAUGUCAUCAUCUUACUCUUAUUCCAUUCUUCUUGUAUCAUUUCCUCCCUUUGUUCUAGGAGUUCCCUAUUCAAUUCUUUUCAAAAUCGAUUUUCAAUUUCUGGAUUUUUCAGGUUUAAUUUUUCACUCUCUGUGUGUUUAUCCUUCUGUCUGUUUACUUUCAUAAUUUUCUAAACAACCAGAAUUGAUUAAAUUACGCAAACUUACAUUAUUGCACAAAACUCUUCUGUACAAACGGAGCAAGCACAAGUUAGUUUGCACGGUAAUUUGUAGUGUAACGUAAGUUGCCUAACUUAACAUAUACACUUUGCAUUUUUAUUUUUACAUCUUGAUUUUUACGCAAUAACACAUCAAAUAACGUGCAAGUAAAAACACCAUACACUGUUGCAUAAUGGUUUGGUGGAUAAAAAAUAUAGUAUGCUGUGCAAUAUAAAAAUUAUCUAUUUCUGGCAAUACUUUAUCAAUAAUAUACACGAUUUCGUUAUAUUUAAGAAAAAAUUUAUGCUUUUAGGUAUAUUUCACUUAGUUUGUAGUUUUAGUACCUAUUCAAUAAAUUGCUUAUUUUACAAAAUUGACUCCAGUUCUGCUAUGUAGGCCAUAAAUUAUACGCAAUGGUGUAAUAGUUGUUGCAUACAUUUCAGACUGAGAUUUAUAAAGUAGGAUAUCCGUCUAUAAAAUGUUAAAAUUCACGAAUUUUAUUAUCACUAAUUAAUCUUACUUUCGCACAGGUUCACACAGCUUAAAAUAAAAGUCCUGUUAAAUGUUUGUCACGCAAAUAAUAGUUAAUUCUCAUCAAGAAGCUUUCAACUUGACUGAAAAGUCGGGAUUUCACAGACUCGAGAGCUUUAAUAAAAUUUUAGGCGGAACUUACUUAAUUUUUAUUUAGGUUUUUAUCUACCUGUAUGUUCAACUAAAAUAUUCAGUUUUUUUUUCGAGUGACUGUACAUAAGAUUUUCUUACGUAUAUAUCCAUAAAAGAAAACUGAAUAUAUUUAGAUAUUUUAUGAUACUCCUAUUUUUCUUGUAGUUUAGUUGAAUAAAAAUGUAACAGACCA